AACUACGUAAAUCGUUCCACUGAUUUCAGUCAGUUUUACAGACUCGCUGAGAGUAACUGCACAAUGCCGUCGCUACUCGGUAUUUAUCUUAUGGCUAUACUUGUGUUCUUUAACGGCGUCAAAUACGUAAAACCUCCGCUUUUUGGAAAUGAUGCAAAGAUGAGAAUUACGAAAAACAGCUACCUACUUGCCAGGUCGGAAGUGGCCAGAAACGAUUGGAAAUCAUUCGAUACAAUUCGACUCACACAGACAUUAAGAGGGACUUAUAUUUUUGAGACAGAAAAUCGUCACGGUGUCUUCAAGCCUAUCCGACUCUUUCCUAAGAAAGACAACACGACACCCGGGGAAAAUCUGCUGAGUGAAGGCGAGAGAAGACUUGCGACAGAUGACACUAAGCAAGAAACUACACUGGCAACAGCAGACCAGCACAUGCUAAUGAGGUGUAGGGUGGACAUGAUGGAUCGGUGCGCAAACACAGACUUUCUGCUUCACUACGAUGUUGACGUUAUCAAGUCUGAUGCUAUUCCCAGUAGCAUUGAGAAAGCUGAGCAUGAUACCUCACAGUUCUUUGGUUCAGCUAUUGUUGAGUGGCCAUCAGUAUCUACCGCUGCCAGUGAGCGAUCCCACUCGAUGCCCAAAAUAUGGUGGGGCCAAGUGAGCAACAUAGUACACAAACUAGGACAAGCUUGGAGCACUCUGUCGGAUUUUAGCCAGGAACCCAAUGGAAAUGCUGGAAAAAGUAUAGAGCUAGUUUUAAACGGUACAAUGAAUCGCAUUAACGUCCAGACCAUAGACGCAAAUACUUUUAAUGGUACUACGGGCCAGACAUCAAAUGGGGCUACUGUCCGGAGCAACACCGACCAAGAUCCAAACUAUGCAAACACGAGGCUGUCGAGGAAUACGUUUGUAAAUCGCCAUAGCAGAAGAAGAAUGAGGGCAAAGAAACAUGACGGACUAGAGAAUAGGAUUUUGACACCACUUUUAGACAAGCUGUACAGUCAUCUGCAAGAUGGUUGGAGUCAAAUUCCUGACGCGUUGACCUUAGUGAAUUAUCUGGUACAUAACUUCAAACAAGGCCUUCAGAAACGCCACAGGGUGUCAGAGCGACGACCAACGGUCCGCCUGAAGGACUAUGUCAAAAGGCCCGGGAAGACCAUAUCAUCGCUGUUAGGUCUACUCUUUAUUGUUCUCGCUGUGUGUUGUGCGCGGAGAUUCGUUUCUUGGCGCAGGCAGAGAUUGCCUCCGUUUGUGCAUCGACGCGGCAAGAAAAGACGUCGCGAGAACUCCUACAGGAUUCUUGUGAAUGACGUUUUGAGAUGGAUCGGCGAGACUACAGUUCAUCCCGUCUUUGCAAAACUACAAAUUGUUCUUUCAAGAGAAAACUUGAUUCACAUCUGGUUAUGGAUUCUACAACUUACAGAAACCCUUGAUGGCUAGCUGCACGCAGUUCGCUUUUAAAACAAUUCUUCCUCUUUCAGGUUCGCCCGAAGAAAUUUCUAUAUUAAAAAAAAACAAAAAUCACUUUUUGGUUAUUAUUUAAGGCGCUAACCUGUAUGUAUUGUAAUUUUUGGAUAAAAUAAAACUUGCGCACCGUGAAUAA